AUGACACCACCAUUAGAAGUAACAGAGUAUGACGUUAUCGUACUAGGAACAGGCUUUACAGAGUCGUUACUUGCCGGGGCUUUGGCGCGUAUUGGCAAGUCCGUCUUGCAUUUGGAUGCCAAUAGCCAUUAUGGUGGUGGCUGGAGUGCACUCAAUUUCCGUGACCUUUUGGACUGGAUGCAGAAUGUGCAAGGUCCUGUUGCUGAUACGUUUGGGAAUAACCAAGAAAGCAUUGAAGGGAAACAAGCAUUGGCAACAAAUCUGUCUCAAGCGCUUAAACAGACCUACCCAACAAUUGAAUAUGAGGUCUUUCCUCUGAAUCAAGAACAAGAUCGAAACUCUUUAGAUACAAAUCAAGAUUCAAGUAAUGUCGUAACAAGUCAAAAUCCAGCGGAAAAAUCUUCAAUAAUCACUACUUCACUCGAAGUUGAUGAUCAGAAUGCCUUAUCAGACUUCAAUGCUCUAGCAAAAUAUCUACUCUCGUCCGAUGAAUAUGAUCAUAGUGAAGCGAUUGCCAAACUAAUCAACGAGCAAUUCAAAUCCAAAUUGUUAAUUAGGACUCCAGAAAACGAGGAUGCAAUCGCGAUAGAAUCAGCUCGACUUGUACAUUUACUUCAAAGUUACAAGGGAAAGAACCAUAUGAUGGAGGAAGCCAUUCGACAUGUGUCUACUAGUCUAUUCAAUUUAGAGCGAAUUGAAACUCUUGCAGCUCUUUUAGGAGAAUCAAAACGUUAUAAUUUGGAAUUGGCGCCGAAGUUAAUGCCUUGUCGUGGUGAACUUGUCGAGUUGUUGAUUAGUUCGGGUGUUGGUAAAUAUUUGGACUUUAAGGCGGUUGAUCAAACUUUUAUUUAUUUAGGGGUGAAUAAAUUUGAAAAGGUUCCAUGCUCCAAAGAAGACGUUUUUACUAGCAAAACGGUGUCUUUGGUUGAUAAGCAAAAGUUUCAGAUUGAAGGAAAAUUACAGACAGUAGUAUUAUAUGCGAUAGCACUAAUAAAUUUACCGGGCGAAGAUGUGUAUACCAUGCAAGGCCUUGAAAAGACACAAAAAUAUCUUCAGUCGUUGGGUCGGUAUGGAAAUAAUGCAUUCUUGGUUGCCCUUGUAUGUGCGGUGUACGGCGGAAUUUAUAUGCUAUCACAUUCUGUAAAUCACUUAUUAAUUGAAGAAAUUACAAAGAAGGAAGAUAACGAAAGUUUUAAAAAAUUUAUUGGACUGGUGGACGCAAACGAACAACAGCUUUCCUCUACAUAUCUCGUAUCUUCUAUCGAUUAUUUGCCUAGUUAUUAUCUAGAAAACCAAGAAUCGUGGGAAAAAACUUCACGUGCGAUAAUCAUAAUUGAUCAACCCAUUCAUGAAGAUUGUGAUGCUACGAUAACUAUAUACCCGCCAGGCACUGUUAACAAUCCAUACUCGAUUAAUGUUAUUCAAUUAACACAUGGUACACAGGCGUGUCCCGAGGAUCGUAGUGUUUUAUACAUGUUUACAAAAGCAAGUGAAAAGGAAAGUCCGAAAGAGGAUUUAUAUGAAGCUCUUGAAAAAUUAGUUAAUAUUUCAAGAAAUCCCCAAACUGGAUCCUCAUCAACCAAACCAAAUCCAAUAUUCGCGCUCUUUUACCAUUCGUUUGCACGAUCCAUAAACCAGUCAAUAAUUCCCGAAAACAUCAUUACCGUCAAUGACCCCGAUUCGAAUCUUACUUUUGAAUCUGCCACAAAACAAGCUCGACUGCUGUUUGAGAAAAUGUAUCCAGGUGAGGAGUUCUUACCGCCUGGCCCUGAUCCUGACGAUGAAGGCGUUGAAGAUUUCGAGAUUAAUUGA